CAGCAGUGCUAAUGUAAAGAGACACUACACAGUUCAAGGCAAGAUCCUGAACAGCGUCGAUGAACAGAUGGUUCUUGGAGUCCAAGUUCGUUACUUCCUGAAAGUAGCUACACAGGUCUAUGACAGUGAUGGUUCAUCCCCAACUCAGCGACAGCUGCUAAAAUGAGUGGCAUCGCCAACCCACUGGAGACGUGGCCGGACGCAACCUGCCAUGCCCUGAGCCUUAAGUCAGACAAGUCCUCAGAAGGGGCUUCGAUGAAGAUCAUCAAGGUCUGUUUCUGUAGCAACAGCAGCAGUAAUCUGGGCAAGAAUUUCAAACUGGUGAAAUGUGACCACACAACGGAGAUCAGGGAGGUCAUUAACACUGUAUUGGACAGUGGCAGAGUGGGACCCAGCAUUAUCUUUCAUAGCUGCUAUGGACUCAGGCUGAAGCACUUGAAAUCUGAUGAGGUCUACUGGCUACACCCUGACCUCACUGUUGAGGAGGUACAGACCAAGUACGAAAGCCUGCACCCUGAAGCUGAAUGGAGGUAUGACCUGCGGAUUCGAUUCCUACCCAAAGAUUUCACGGAGAGUUUUAAACAAGACAGAACAACGCUGCUGUGUUACUAUCAGCAGGUCCGCAGCGACUACAUGCAGGAAGUCUCGGGGCGGGUGGACCACGACGUUGCCUUGAAGCUCGGCUGCCUGGAGAUAAGACGGUUUUAUAAGGACCUGCCCCCCAAGGCUCUGGAGAAAAAGUCCAACUUUGAGCUGCUGGAGAAGGAUGUCGGUCUCGACUUGUUCUUCCCCAAGCAGUUACAAGACAGCAUGAAGGUGAAGCAUCUCCGUAAACUCAUCCAGCAAACCUUCCAGCAAUUCGCACAGCUGAAGGAAGAUGAAUGCAUUCAACAGUUCUUCCAGAUUCUCCACACCGUCACCGACUUUGAACAGGAGCAUUUCGCCUGUGAGCUGGGUCAAGGCUGGACGAUAGCAGUGGACCUGGUGAUUGGACAGCAGGGCAUCGGGCAGGUGGUUAACAAGGACGGGCCCAUCAGCUUGGCCGAGUUCUCACAGAUUCUCUCCAUCAAAUCAGUUCAUUCAGAGAACAGCACAAAAGCUUUGCUUCAACUGGAGAUCAGCGGGGCUUCCCAGCCCCUGACCAUAACAACCUCUUCACUGGCGAUGGCAGAGAACAUGGCCAACCUAAUUGAUGGGUACUGCCAGCUGGAGCACGGAAACACCAACUCCCUCAUCACCAGGCCCAAGACAGAUCUGGUUACGAAAGAGAAGCUGCCUGAACUUCCCGAGAGGCCCCGACCGGAAAUGAAAGUCGCUGAGGAACGACAAUCUAUAUUGUCACGGAACAGCAUGGGGUCUGACAUCUACGCAGAAAUCCCUGACACACCGCGAUCGACAGCUCCUCAGAACUGUAUCUCUCGAGACUCAGUGGUUCUGGGCAGGAUUCUGGGAGAGGGAUACUUUGGUCAAGUUUACGAAGGAGUUUACAAAACAAUGAGAGGCGAGCAGCUGGCGGUAGCGGUGAAGACCUGUAAAAGUGACUGCACCUACGAGACCAAGGAGAAGUUCCUUGUGGAAGGCCUGAUCAUGCAGCCUCUGGACCAUCCUAAUCUCGUCAAACUCAUCGGGAUGAUCGAAGAGGAGCCAGCCUGGCUAAUCAUGGAGUUGUGUCCUUAUGGAGAGCUGGAAGGAUACCUGACCACAAACAAAGCCUCACUUGAUGUGGUCACGCUGGUGGAUUACUCCUGGCAGAUAUCCAAAGCCCUUGCCUACCUGGAGGGAGUGAAAGUUGUCCAUCGUGAUAUUGCCGUGCGAAAUGUUAUGGUGACCUCACCGACCUUACUGAAGCUGGGGGAUUUUGGUCUCUCGCGUUACAUUGAAGAGGACAAUUACUACAAAGCAUCAGUGACCAGGAUGCCAAUUAAAUGGAUGGCACCGGAGUCCAUUAACUUCAGGCGGUUUACCUCUGCCAGUGACGUCUGGAUGUUUGGGGUGUGUAUGUGGGAGAUCCUCAGCUUCGGGAAGCAACCCUUCUUCUGGUUGGAAAACCGGGAUGUCAUCGGUGUAUUGGAGAGAGGUGACCGUCUGCCGAAGCCAGAGAUGUGCCCCCCAACUCUCUACAACCUGAUGGCCCGCUGCUGGGCCUACGAACCGCGGGAAAGGCCAAAGUUCACCGAGAUCGUCUGCUCCUUGAGUGAUGUCCACCAGAUGGAGUUGGUGCAGCGGGAGGAACGCAAGUACUGGAGUGAGCGGCGGAUGACCACGCGGAUCACCGACAGCGUACUGGCCAUCAACGAGCCCCCGCCCAAGCCAUCAAGAACGAGAGGAUUUGCGAAGAAUCCACCUGGAAUGCCAUUUCUGAAUCCGGGGCUUCAGUUCCAAGUUCCUGAGUCGCUCUGUGCCAGCUCACCUCACCUCCCCUGCUCACCCAGUAACCAGGCCCCAGGGGACUCCACAGAGACCAGCCCCAGGUCCCCCAAGCCGUUCAGAAGGCUCAGCAUGCGGGAAGCAGAUUUCAUCGGAGAGAUUAACAACAAGGAAGAUGCGCAGAAACUGUGGGAGUUGGAACAAGCCAAACUCCAGGAGAGGAUCAAACAGCAGCAACGGGAAAUGGCGGAGGACAGGAAGUGGCUGGAGAAGGAGGAGAAGCUAUUGGCUCCGAAUGACAACCAGUCACAAAAUGAGAGUGACCGGGAGACGAGUUAUACAGAGUUCACAGCGGCCCCAGAGAAACCCCCGAGGAAGAACCCACCGCUAAUCCAGGCCGCUCCAACAGCCAACCUGGACCGGACUGACGACAAGGUCUACCCGCUAGUCAUGGAACUGGUGAAGGCCGUGCUGCAUCUGAAGAACCAGGUUUACAAGCUGCCAACCGAUGAGUAUGUCCAACUGGUGAAGACAGUGGGGAUGAAACUUCGCCAGCUGACCAGCAGUGUGGACGAGCUCCUGCCAAAACUGCCUGCCUCAUCCCGGACAGAGAUCGAGGGCACCCAGAAGCUGCUGAACAAGGACCUCGCCGAGCUGAUCAACAAGAUGAAAUUGGCCCAGCAGAAUGCCGUCACCUCACUGAGGGAUGAAUGCAAAAAGCAGAUGCUGACGGCAGCCCACACGCUGGCUGUGGACUCCAAGAACCUGAUGGAUGCCGUGGACCAGGGCCGUGUGCAGAUCGGAGAGGCCAAGCCCAUCUCUAACUGAGGAGGCGGCGGGAGGGUGAGGGGUGUGGGGAGACCCGCCUGGUCUUGGUCUGGACACAGAACUGGCCGCCUUUGUUUGGAGGGCUUCUUCUCGUCUAUCUGACCCCGUUUAGUAUUUAACUCGUGUGGCACUGUGCCUGGUGGUACCUGCGUUUUCUCAGACGUUUCCUCACACAAUGCUAUCUGGAAUCUUCAGGCACAUUAGGAAAUGGUUAAACAGGAUGUGCUUGACUUGGAUUAACCGAAGGUACCAGGCACCGUCUGGCAAAGCUGCAGCUGAGGUUUCACAAAACGUGGAGAAUCUGGUAAAUUGCUCAGUCGGUGGAGGUGGCAACGGUUGUGUUGUUCUGAUGUGGAAUAGCUUACUGUUCAUUCCUCUGUCCUGUGCACAAAUAGAUUGAAAAAGACUCUA